AUAUUACUACCUCUCUUACAAAGCUCAUCAUGUCCUAAGAGAUAUGAUAGUUUAUGGGGGUGAAAAAUGGGAGGUCACAUUCACUGUUUUUCAAAGCAAAAUCUCUUAAAUGUGCUUUCUUUGAUUAUCUUGGUCCACUUGUUUUUAAUGUUUCUCAAGUAGCUGGCUAUACAAAUCUAAGCUCUCUAGGGUUUUCUAUUCUGUUCUCUUCCCCAAAAUCUAGGGUUUAUAAAGAAACCAUUUUCACCUCAAAUCAAUGGAGCCCACCUCCAGAACCACCUCACCAUCUCCAACAAUGUGCCUAGGGUUUCGAUUCCCCCAUUAAAGUACAGUUCAAAACCUAUACAUAUAGCUCCUUGUAUCUAUCUGUAGCUCUCUGUGAGAAAAAAAGGGCUCACUCUUUGCUCCUGUCAAUGGCCAAAACCAGACCAGGCAGACGAGAUUUGGACUCUUAUACCAUCAGAGGCACCAACAAAGUCGUCAGAGCUGGGGAUUGCGUGUUGAUGCGACCAUCGGACAACAAUACAGCCCCAUACGUGGCGCUUGUGGAGAAGAUUGAGGCGGAUAAUCGGAGCAAUAUCAAGGUUAGGGUGCGGUGGUACUACCGGCCGGAGGAGUCGAUGGGUGGUCGGAGACAGUUCCAUGGAGCGAAAGAGUUGUUCUUGUCGGACCACUAUGAUGUUCAGAGUGCUCACACCAUUGAAGGCAAGUGUACUGUUCAUUCUUUCAAGAACUACACUAAGCUUGAAAAUGUUGGGACUGAAGAUUACUAUUGCCGAUUUGAGUACAAAGCCGCCACGGGUGCAUUCACACCUGACCGUGUUGCAGUGUAUUGCAAAUGUGAAAUGCCAUAUAACCCAGAUGAUUUGAUGGUACAGUGUGAGGGGUGCAAGGACUGGUAUCAUCCUGCUUGUGUGAACAUGACCAUUGAACAAGCAAAAAUGUUAGAUCACUUCAUGUGUUCUGAUUGUUCAUCUGAUAAUGAUAUAAAAAAACCUCAGAAUACAUAUCCCUCCUCUCCGCUGACUAAUGGCAAGCCGCAUCUACAUUCCCAUAAUGGUGGUGUUUUUUGAAAUCAAAACUUUGUUGUUCAGCAUCUUGAGCUAGCCAUCCUUUCGAAGGUAGAGCCCAAGCGCCGGAAGAAGUGACUGCAUUUAGAGGAAGGAUUUUGACGAUGCAUGAAGAGCCGCCGUGACUUUAUGAGCUUGUGUUAGCUUUUAGUUAGUUCUUGUGGGUGUUGUACAGUGCAGAACAAAACCAUGCUGGUGCUCUGCUAAAUCAAACUAGUGCUUUUUAGUACUUUUGUGUCUUGAUAUCAAUGUCAAUGUAUGUGUGUGCUAGAUUUAGAAUAUGACUUUUGUAAGUACAUGUUUAUGUGCAGAAAGAUGAAUCAGUAAUUAAAUCUUGGGAUUCAGAAUUUCAGAAAACUGUUGUUGGUUUUGAA